AUGCGCCCCAAGAAGCGAGGUUUUUACAAAAAGAAAGACGAGCGCCAGAAUCCUGCAGUGGACUUUAGAAAUAUCUCUUCGAGGGCUCCAAGCGCUUGUCGCCCGACUAAAGACGAGGAAGAUUUGAAACCCCAAGAACCAACUGCUGGAAGCUCUGAGGACGAGAGGUAUGCUGGUCUGAUGCAUCCGGUCGAUAUGAUGGAAGGAAGUUUCAAGUACGCUGGACUGCCGCUGACGCAAAAGAUUCCUGGCAGUGUCGCACGUGGUCGCGUUAUUGCAGCAAGUCGACUGCGAAAUUUUAAGACACAGCAGCUAUCUCUUCGGGGACGCCCCAAAUAUACCGAGACUCCAGCAGAGUUUGUCUCAGGCCCACCACCAGCAAGCACCCUUACUUUUAUUGACGAAGAGGAAAAGCCGUCCAGUCCUAUUGGCAAGUGGCGCUGUUGCAAAUGCGGCAGCAGCCAUGAUAUCUACAGCGUUACACAUAGCCAGCAUCCCAUCAAUGUCCUGAGCUGCGACUGUAUGCACGGAUCCUGCUCCAAGUGUACACUACAAGGUUUGAUCAAACAAUUCGUACCCAUGAUCGAGCCAGAAGUCGUGCACCUAUCAGAGGACAUGAACAAGGCUGUACGAUUCGGCGUAUUCUGCGAUGGCUGUGGUCAAUCCUGGCGAGCGCAAGAGGUCCAUGAAGACGCGCACAAGAAGACAGCAGUGAAAGCAGCCUUGACACGAAUAUCUGCGAUCCCCAGACGCCUCAACAAGCGCGAUGCAUACCCUCUCAAGAACAUGAGGGCCUCAAGGUCAAUGGAUCAUCUCCUUUAUCCUCGCACCCCUUGCAUGCCAAUGGCUGCCUCCAAGUCCGUCCUCAACCUCCGCGCGCUCUCCAACGAGAUGCAGAAAGAACACGGCGAGCAAGCAGAGCUGGUCUCAGUCCGGUUCACGGGUAUCAAGUGCGACUGUGGUAUGACCACCGACUCCAACUCGCUUUGCUUCCAGAUUGUCGAUCCACCCAAGGACUUUUACAGAGUCCAGUUUAUGAAGCAGAUGGCUGGACGUCGGGUGGCUGGCUUUGGUACCACGCCAGAGGACAAGGCGAGAGGGCAUGGAACGCCGAGUCUAGUCUUGAGAGGCUAUAUGCGCCACCCAAAUCCACUCAUGAGCAACCCUGUCUCGUAG